CACGGCAACCCUGUUAUUUGUUUACGUGUUCCUCCGAAUUUUUGUUUUUAUUUCAAGUUUCUGCGAGAAUGAAAGUUGUCAAAGCUGUCGUCGAGUUGGCUGCUGAUAUUUGUUUUCGGUUUUAGUGCUUAGUUUGAACUAACAAAUAAAAUGUAUAGCAUUUUGCUUAACUAAUUAACAAUUAUCUUAUAUGUUUAUUAAAUUUUUUCAUGUAAUUUGUAUUAAAAUAAAAAAAAAAAAUUUUUUAAUUUAAAAAAAAAAACAUGCAAAUUCCAAACUUGGUAUCGCUGUUAGAGACGACAGCGGUAAUUACAACGGUUUUUCAAUACUUAUCAGGAGCCAUAGUAUGUCACAAAUAUAUGCAAAAGAAAAGCACGGGCGACUCUUCUGGCUUUCCGUUCAUAUGUGGCUUUUUAUCCUGUAGUCUCUGGUUACGCUAUGGCUGCUUUACUAAUGAGCAGACUAUUGCUUUUGUCAACAUAAUUGGCGCUAUGCUGUUCUUUAUGUAUGCGGUUUUAUACUAUAUAUUCACCGUCAAUAAAAAACCGUACCUAAAACAAUUCUCUGCAGUACUGCUCAUUUUAUUAGCUGUUAUAUUAUAUACAAAUCAGGAAACAGAUAAUGAUAAGGCUGUAAAAAUAAUGGGUAUAGUGUGUUGCAUUGUAACUGUGGGAUUCUUCGCGGCUCCAUUAACUAUGUUAAUGCACGUGAUACGAGUUAAAAACUCAGAGAGUUUGCCUUUUCCACUAAUAUCAAUGUCAUUUUUAGUUUCCCUUCAGUGGCUGAUAUAUGGCGUUAUUAUAUCGGAUUCAUUUAUACAAAUUCCCAAUUUUCUUGGUUGUAUGCUAUCAAUAUUACAAUUGUGCCUGUUUGUCGUUUAUCCGCCAAAAAGUUUUUCAGGCCAAGCUUAUAAACUGGUUGACCAAACAGUUAUUUACUGAGCCAAUUAGAUAUAUGUAUAUUAUAAUUUGUAUUAAAAUUAAAUUUAAACUCAAAAAUAUAUUGCUUUUUAUAUAAGCGUCUUAAAGAAUUUAAACCAUGCCAACAUUCUAUGUUUACAUAUAAAAUUGUCAAUAUAUAUCUCUC